GGUCCUGCCUGAAGUAUGUAUAUUGAUUUAUUUACACACAAACAAAGUAGAAGGAGUGGUGGUGUGGUACCAUCCAUGCUGCCUUUAUAGAUUAGAUAUUAUAUAAAGAUUAUUCAGUUGUCACUCUCAUCACAACCUUUAUUUAAUCAUUCUAACCAAACAUGGUCUUACCUUAUAUUCCUUCUACUUUCAGCACCAGACAAAAACCAGGUCACCCUUUCUUUCCCACACACCAACACUAUCUCUCUCCUCUGCUUUCGGCUUUUGUUCUUCCUCACUACUCGGAUUUUCUCUCCCUGUAAUGCUUCACUGGAACCGCCAAUGUACGGACACGCACAGUCCCUGACCAUCCCUAACCAGAUCGCUGAAGACGAAGACGCCUCAGGAAUCGGCCCCGGUGCCGAGUCCGUUGACAAUAAUCCUCACCUCCGCUACGAGCCUCAUGCUCUCGAUGAAUCCGCCGGGGUUGUCGCCGGCGGUGGAGGUGUCGUUGAGGACGUCAACCACGACUCUGUUUAUGGUGGCGGCGGCGGCCAUGAGCUGGUCGUUCAUCGUAAUGAUGGGAGCAGCCAGCUCACCCUCUCGUUCCGUGGACAAGUCUAUGUUUUCGACGCUGUCACUCCAGAUAAGGUUCAAGCAGUGUUGUUACUCUUGGGGGGAUGUGAAAUCUCUGCUGGGGCACAAGGUGUGGGGAUGCAGUCUCAGAAUCAAAGGGCUAUGGUCGACAUUCCAGUACGGUGUAGUCAGUCUCAUAGAGCGGCCUCAUUAAAUAGGUUCCGGCAGAAGAGAAAAGAGCGGUGCUUUGAUAAGAAAGUUAGAUAUUGUGUCCGUCAAGAAGUUGCACUUAGGAUGCAGCGCAACAAGGGCCAGUUCACUUCAAAAAAGUCAGAUGGAUCUUAUAGCUGGGGUAAUAGCCAGGAGUCUGGACAAGAGGAUAAUUUACUUGAAACUUCAUGUACGCAUUGCGGCACAAGUUCAAAGUCUACCCCAAUGAUGCGACGUGGGCCGUCUGGCCCAAGGUCUCUCUGCAACGCAUGUGGGCUUUUUUGGUCAAAUAGGGGGACUUUGAGGGAUCUUUCCAAGAAGACCCAGGAUCAUUCUUCAACUCCGGUGGAGCAGGGUGAAGGAGAAGCUAGCGAUUCCAACUGCGAAACAACCAUCAGAACUCAUAGUAAUCUUGUUCCUUUCUCUAAUGGUGAUACCUCAGCUUUAAUAGCUGAGCAAUAAGAUGUCUUGCAAAAAUGCCAAAGUUGUCUCUGGCUUCAUUCAUGUAGGUUUUUCCUGGUAAGUUGAUUUAUUUGGCUUGCCUCGUCUAGUCUACCAUUAUAUAAUAGUGCCUUUAUUAGUACGAGAUAUGCUUCCCUUCUCUCUUUUUCCUUCUUCUUCUUCUUAUUAUACAUAUACUAUUCUGGUCAAGCUUACUAUGUAUCAAAUUAACUUGAAGAAUUUAGCUGGGGUUAGUUAUGUAUACAGUGUAUGCUUUAUGAUACCCUACAAGCACAUUUUGCAAGACUUCUUUCCCUAUUAAUUGAAAAUGAAAAAGAAUACAUGUAAACAAA